AUGAUGGUUAAGGAAUCGCUGAACGAUUUCCUAGAAACUAACAAAAAGUUACCCAACAAUAGCUAUGCUUACCCCCAACUACACGAAAUCAACAAUCCUCACACGCACCUAUUUCAAUUCGCUGAAGACCUAGCCAUAGUAUCCACAAACUCAAACAAAACAGCAGCAGUUCAAAAUUUACAAGAUAAAAUAGCAGAAUUACAUAACUUAAAUCUAAAGUUCAACUUAGAAAAGACAAAAUUCAUGUAUAUGUCCGCAAAUAACCGACAACAGUUCAACAUAUCAAUCAACAGCACAAACUUGAAACAAGUCCAAUGCUUUAAGUGGUUAGGAAGAACCAUCAGCGCAAACUCAACGGUCAAGGUACAUAUUAGCAACAUUAAAAAAGCUGUAACUCCAGCAUUCGUCCGGUCCAAAGCUGAAUAUGCCAGCACCAGUUACGCCAAUGCACCAAAAGGUUACAACAAGCAACUUCAAACGAGCGUUAAUGAAACGCUACGGAGAUGUCUAGGAGUACCACCUAACACCCCAACACUUAUGCGAUACGCGCUAGCCUGCGAACUCCCACCUCUAUCUAGAGCAGUGUGGCUGACAGCUAAAGAACUGGUCAAACAAUGGUUCCUCAACCCGGCACUAAGAACCCAAUUACAAGACAAACCGGCCAUAAAUUCAAGCUAUAGUAGAACAUAUGAAAAAUUCAAAAGCAAUUUAUAACCAAAAAAUCAACACUUUGAAGGAUGAUGGCUACUACAUAUAUGCGACUGAUGCAUCGGUGAUGGCAAAUAAAGUUGGAUGUGCAGUGUACGUGGAAACAACCAAUGUCUCAUACCUUUUUAACAUAGACGGAAAUUUUACCUCAACCUACGGUGAGCUAGUUGCACUACCUCAGGCAGCUACAAUAGCAAGCAACAGCGGGAACAAAAAGAUAGCAAUUUUCACAGACAGCCAGGCAGCAAUCAAAGCCCUCGACAAUCACACCACACAGAACUUCCUUGUGGCAGAAAUUCACAACAAACUACACAGAUCCAACAUAGAAAACAUAAUGAUAGUAUGGACACCCAGUCAUGUUGGGAUAACUAUAAACGAAAAAGCCGACAUUGCUGCAAAAACUGCAAUUGAUUUCGGUAAAUCUCUCUCUCCUAAAUUAAGCCCAAAUGAAGCACUCCUAAAAAUAAGCACCAGACUGUGGACUGAAACCAAAGACGAAUUUAACAACAAACUACCAAACUGGGACCCUGACAUUGCGGAAUUUUGUACAUUGAAAAUAAACAAUCCGUGGUUUAAAAAACAAAAAACUGAACUUAGAAGCAUACGACAUAAAACUAUUUAACAGAAUUGCAACAGGACAUACAUACGGUAAUACGUACUUAAACAAAUUUCAACA